CUCAUCUUUUUUUCCGCCUUACAGAACUGCUGAGGCCCAGCAGUGACCUGGGGACCUUCAUGCACAUCGCCUCGUAUAAGGUCCCCAAGCUGACCGGUAAGUAAACGCCCAGUAACAAGAGCUUGAGCUCGGCUCUUUUUAAAGCACCACCCGCGGGUGACUUUUUUUUUUUCUCCCGACCCUCCACAGACAUGAUCCGGAGAAAGCCCCACGCCAAGCUGUUCAAGCUUCUGCAGGGCUAUCUUGCCGGGUAUCUGGCCAUUCUGACCGGGCACCGGCCGGUGGUCUUGGCCAACCUCCAGAGAGACAAGGUGCGGGAGGCGGAGACGGACGGCCAGAAACGGGCCAUGAUAUGGGUGGAUCAGCACAAAACGAACCGGGCGUAUGGGAACGCCGUCCUGGCUCUCCUCCCGCGGGAGGUGGCCUGGCUCGAAGGCCUCAUGGAAGUGUCGGUGCACUUCGGCGGGGAGGACUGCCCCUACGUGUUCCAGUUCAACGGGAGGCAGCUGUUCAAGUUGAACAUGGAACUGAGAGCCGCGUGGCAUCACGCCGGGAUGCCCGGCCAGAUCAGCUUCGGCCUGAUACGGACCGCCAUCGCCAACCAGGUGAAGAAACACCUGUCUGUGGAGGAGCGGAAGCUGGUGUGCGAGGGCAUGUGCCACGACGUCGCGACAGCCGAUCGCUUUUACACAGCGGUACCCGAAAUUCAGGACGUUUUCCGGGUACGGAACCUGCGCAUGAAGGCCAUGGAACAGGACAGCCUGGAGCCCGGCAACCAGAGUUCGGCCAGCGAGGACACGGACACGGACAGCCAGUCACCCACGAGCGACAGCGCUCCCGAGACAUAA